AUGUCAAAAAAUGUUUAUUCUCGAUCCAAUAACUCAUUAAAUUUCUCCUAUUCAAUAGCUGCUCAGCAAAAUAUACAAGCUGCCAAGAUUGAUGAAAUCGAUUCAAAGAUGGGGUUUGAUAGAUUUAUUCCGUCAGAAGUUGAUAUUAGUGAAGAAAAAAUAGGUUGGCUAGUUAAUAUGCAUCCAACAACUAUUCCAAAUACCAAUACAACCUCUUCUGCUUUUCAUACUGGAGUGUCUGCUGUAGAUUUCUAUUUUUUAGAUGAAGAAGGUGGAUAUUUUAAGACAACCAUUAAAUAUCCCCCUUAUUUCUUGGUUAUGGUACAAGAUGAACACAAGGUGACUGAUGUCGAAGAAUAUUUAAAGAAACUUUUGGAAAAUUCUUUAAAGAAUUCAGAAAUCGUUUAUAAAGAUGACCUACAACAGCCAAAUCAUUUGCUGGGACUAAAAAGAAGCUUGAUUAAAUUAAAUUUUUCCAAUAUGAAUAGUUUAUUUGAAGCUAGAAAAUUGUUGAAACCUAUAUUAAAGGAAAAUGAGGAUAAAAAAAACCAAUCCAUCAGAUCUAAACACAACAAUAACAAUUAUUAUAAAGAAGACAUUAAAAGCUUGAUCUCCGACAUUAGGGAAUACGACGUUCCAUAUCAUGUUCGUGUUUCCAUAGAUAAAAAUAUUAGGGUCGGGAAAUGGUAUAAGGUCACUAAAGAUGGUUUGGAAGAAUGCACAGAAAGAAUUUCGUUUGCAGAUCCAGUAGUUAUGGCCUUUGAUAUCGAAACAAGUAAAGCUCCUUUGAAAUUCCCUGAUUCCGAAAUUGAUCAAAUUAUGAUGAUUUCUUAUAUGAUAGAUGGUGAGGGUUAUUUAAUUACCAACAGAGAAAUCAUUUCCACCGAUAUUGAAGAUUUCGAAUAUACCCCCAAGCCAGAGUAUGUCGGUAAUUUCACAAUUUUCAAUGAACCUGAUGAAUACAAUCUACUUAAAAAGUUUUUCGAACACAUAAAAGAUGUAAGGCCCACAGUAAUAGCAACCUUUAACGGUGACUUUUUUGACUGGCCAUACGUUGACAAUAGAGCCAAGUUUCAUGGAAUAAGUAUGUUUGAUGAAAUUGGUUUUGGUCCAGAUAUUGAGGGGGAAUAUAAAUCUUCAUACUGUUCUCAUAUGGAUUGUUUCCGUUGGGUCAAGCGUGAUUCAUAUUUACCACAAGGCUCUCAAGGUUUAAAAGCUGUUACUAAGGCAAAGUUAGGCUAUAAUCCAAUAGAAUUGGACCCAGAAUUGAUGCUUCCAUAUGCAUACGAAAAACCUCAGCAACUAUCCGAGUAUUCUGUUUCUGAUGCCGUCGCCACCUAUUAUCUAUAUAUGAAGUAUGUUCACCCCUUCAUUUUCUCCCUAUGUACUAUUAUUCCGUUAAAUCCAGAUGAAGUUUUAAGAAAGGGUACUGGUACUUUAUGCGAAAUGCUUUUGAUGGUCCAGGCUUAUGAUAGUGGAAUUUUACUUCCAAAUAAACAUACUGACCCAAUAGAAAGAUUCUAUGAUGGUCAUCUAUUAGAAACGGAAACUUAUGUUGGCGGACACGUCGAAUCUUUAGAAGCCGGUGUUUUCCGUAGUGACCUGCCUAAUGAUUUUGUUAUUGAUCCAACCGCUAUUGAUGAACUACUCGAAGAUUUACCAAAUGCUCUGAAAUUUAGUAUUGAGGUGGAAUGUAAAGCCAAUAUAGACGAUGUAGUGAAUUUUGAGGAAAUAAAACUGGAAAUAUCCAAAAAACUAAUGGAUUUCAAAACCACUUGUAAGAGAUCGGAAUUCCCAUUGAUUUAUCACGUCGAUGUGGCAUCAAUGUACCCAAAUAUUAUGACAUCCAAUAGGUUACAACCGGAUAGUAUGAAGUCCGAACGUGACUGUGCCAGCUGUGACUUCAAUAGACCCGGUAAAACAUGUGAUAGAAGACUAAACUGGGCUUGGAGAGGAGAUUUUUUCCCCGCUAAAAUGGAUGAAUAUGGUAUGGUUAAAAGAGCUUUACAAAAUGAGACUUUCCCCAAUAAGAACAAAAAAUCACCUAAAAAAUACUUGACAUUUGACGAAUUAAGUUACGCAGAUCAGGUUGCUCACAUUAAAAAAAGAUUGACUGAUUAUUGCCGCAACGUUUAUCAUAAAGUCAAAACCACUGAAACUGUUGAAAGGGAAGCCAUUAUUUGCCAGAGAGAAAAUCCAUUUUAUGUCAACACAGUUAGAUCAUUCCGUGAUAGGCGGUAUGACUAUAAGGGGAGAGCAAAGGAAUGGAAAAAGAAAUUAGCCAGUAUCCCAUCUACCGAGAAACAUGCUCGUGAUGAGGCGAAAAAAAUGGUUGUUUUAAAUGACUCUCUUCAAUUGGCCCACAAAGUUAUCUUGAACUCUUUUUACGGCUAUGUUAUGAGGAAGGGUUCCAGAUGGUAUAGUAUGGAGAUGGCUGGUAUUACCUGUCUAACUGGUGCGACGAUUAUUCAAAUGGCUAGAGCUUUAGUUGAAAGACUAGGUAGACCUUUAGAGUUAGAUACAGAUGGUAUUUGGUGUAUAUUGCCAAAGAGCUUCCCGGAGAAUUUCCAAUUUAAACUAAAAAACGGUAAGAAAUUAUUCAUGUCAUAUCCAUGUUCCAUGUUAAAUUAUAAAGUCCAUGCUAAGUUCACCAAUCAUCAGUACCAAACGUUAGUUGAUGCUUCAAAAUAUAAAUAUGAAACCCAUUCUGAUAACUCUAUUUUUUUUGAAGUGGAUGGUCCAUAUAAGGCAAUGAUUUUGCCAACUUCCAAAGAAGAAGGCAAAGGUAUUAAGAAAAGGUAUGCGGUCUUUAACACUGAUGGCUCUUUGGCAGAAUUAAAGGGUUUUGAAUUAAAAAGGCGUGGUGAAUUGCAAUUAAUUAAAAAUUUUCAAAAGGAUAUUUUCAAAACAUUUCUAGAAGGCAGCACUUUAGAAGAAUGUUAUCAAGUGGUUGCUAAAAUUGCGGAUAGAUGGUUGGAUAUAUUGGUCAAUAAGGGUGCUAUGCUAGAAGAUGAAGAUUUAAUUGAUUUAAUUUGUGAAAAUAGAAGUAUGUCAAAAACAUUAAAAGAAUAUGAGGGUCAAAAAUCUACCUCAAUCACUACAGCAAAAAGAUUGGGAGACUUUUUAGGUGGUGACAUGGUGAAAGACAAGGGGCUGCAAUGUAAGUAUAUUAUAAGUAAAAAACCAUUUAAUGCCCCGGUUACCGAACGUGCUGUUCCUGUUGCCAUUUUUUCUGCAGAUUUGAAUGUUAAAAGAACCUAUUUAAAAAAAUGGUUAAUGGAUUCUUCCUUAAAUGAUUUUGACCCGAGGGCCAUUAUUGAUUGGGAAUAUUAUAAAGAAAGAUUGGGAUCUACUAUUCAAAAAAUUAUUACUAUUCCAGCUGCAUUACAAAACGUAGAGAACCCAGUACCUCGUGUAGUGCAUCCUGACUGGCUAAAAAAAAGACUCGCCGUCAAAGCCGAUAAAUUCAAGCAAGUCAGUUUAACAAAAUUCUUUAAAAAAACGAAUGAAUAUGUUCCAAUAAGGGAUAUAGAGGAUUGUUUUUCUUCAACUAACCAUUUAACUACUGUAGCUACCAACCCCAAAGUUUCUAGGGUAAUCACAAGAAAUAAACGUAGAAGGGAGAAAAAGGAUAAAAAUGAGGAGGACGAAUCACUUAAACUACCAAAAGAGAUUCCAAACCCAGAUGAAAAUUAUGUCGAAUGGUUAAACUAUUCUAAGCUUAAAUGGAAAAUUCAAAAACAGGAAAGGGAAAGAAGAGAGCAAUUAUUUGGUGCUAAAAGCUCUAUUAUGGGAAGAACAACUCUUGGUAACAUGAUGAAAAAGAAAGCUGAGUCAUAUGCAAGUGCUACUUGGGAAAUUCUACAAUACAAGCCUACUAGCACCCCUGGUAUUCUAAAUGUUUUAACAUUGAUCAACAAUAAAGUCCAUACUUUAAAAUUUAAAGUUCCCAAGACAAUUUAUAUUUCUUUUAAAAACAGUUUUGUACCUGAGCUUGAAACUUCAAACAAAUGUUCUAUUAAUAAAAUUAAUGCUAUGUUACCAAAUGAAAAUGAACUAGAUAAAUCUAUCACUUCCAAUGUUUACAAAGUUGUGAUUUCAGAAAGAGCUUAUGAGGAGCAAAGUACGGAUCCAUCCAGUAUAUUUAACAAUGGGCACGUUUCAGGUAUAUACGAAUCGCAUAUUCCGUCAGCUGAAAGAACCAUUAUGGAUCUAGGCUGCAGCGUAGAAUUUAGCUCCAAUGUGAAAGGGGCAUUAGGAGCUGGUUUGGAACAAGGCUUCCAAAUAUCAGAUCUAAGAAGUGCAGAUUAUGAUAGAUAUUUGAAUUCCUUUAGUAUGGACAUUUGUUACAUAUUACAUAUGCCAACCACAAUUGGAUAUGAAUUUUUCACCAUUUGGAACAGCUGGAGUGAUGUGGUUCAUGUUUAUGUUUUGAAACCUUCAGCUGCUGCUCAAGAAAUAUCAGCCACUUCAGUUGAAAACUUGUAUAAAUCACAGUAUGCAAAGAAAGUGAAAAGUUUAGAUCAGCAUCGCUCUAUUGUUGAUGCUUCGCCGCAGUUGAUAUAUAAUUUUGAAUAUCACACCGAUUUGUUAAAACUUUAUAAGAAGGUAUCUAAGAAGAUUGAGGUAUUUAAAGAUGAAAGGGGUCCAAAAAUAUUGCUGUUAUUACAAUCUCCGUUUAAAUCUAAGUUGCUGAAGGUUUUGCGUGUACUUAACACGUUGCCAAUAGUUGAACUGUCUAUUACCGAAUUAAAAGUCCAGCAAUUGAAAUGGCAUACCGCUAUUUCCAAAAGAUUGGUUAACCAUAUUCUUUCAUUAGGCUCAUGGAUACAUAAUCUUUUGUUGUUAUCCAGGUAUAGCGGCAUUCCAAUAUGUAAUUUAAAACUGGAUAAUAUGGGGUAUAUGAUUGAUAUUUUAUUUUCAAGAAAACUUAAAAAGGAAAAUAUUGUUUUAUGGUGGAACGAGAAACAGCCAUUGCCCGAUUAUGGGGGCGUGGAACAAGAUUACGAUGUUUCUUUGCUGAGUGAAGUUAAAUUUGAUCCAAUUAAUCAUCCUAAUAUUUAUGAUUCUGUUGUUUUAGAAGUGGAGCUCAACAAUUUGACCAUUAACACUAUUCUCACGUCUUCUCUAGCUAAUGAGGCAGAGGGAAACGAUUUGGCUGAGUUGGGUGAUUCGAUAAUAAAAGAUGGGUUUAAUUCAAACUCAUUAUCAAUAUUGAGACAAUUAUUAAGGCAAUUUUGGGAUGACGCCAUUAAAGGUGCACAUGUAGCAGAUUCUUUAUUACAAUAUUUUAUUAUGUGGGUUCAGAACCCUGAUUCAAAAUUGUUUGAUAAUUCUUUGAGGUAUUAUGUCCAAACGUCUGCAAACAAAACAUUGCUACAUGUGAUCAAAGAAUUUGAAAAUCUGGGUGCAUUUUGUGUUUAUGCGGACAAGUCUAAAAUUUUGUUAAAGACACCAAAAUUUACAGUUGAAAAUUCGUAUGCUUAUGGACAAUAUUUAGUAAAAGCAAUAAGAGCGGAUCCUAUAUUUACGUAUUUAGAUUUGAAAAUCAACAAAUAUUGGGAUUUGUUAAUAUGGAUGGAUCAAUUUAAUUAUGGUGGUCGUGCGGCUACAACUAUACAAGAAAAGGAAAAACAGGACUUGUGGGCAUUUAAUGAAUGGAAAAUCAAAGAUUUCCUGCCCAAAAUAUAUAAACCGGAAUUUGAAGAUUGGAUUGUCAUUAUUUUGGAUAGUUUAAUUAAAUCGAAAGAGACUGCGUUACAAGAAUCUGUGGAUGGUACCCAAAGAAUAACGCAACUUUAUUUUAAACGGAACAUGUCUGAAAAAAACCUUGAAAAUGAGAAAGAAAAUGUUGGCACCGAUGGAGGUGAGGCUGGCGAUGAUUCAAACGAUUUUUUGGAGGGUUUUACGAAUGUGUUUUAUUUACCAAUGAUUAAAAGGUUUAAAAAACUUUACGAUACCCAGCAAGAAUAUAUUUUAAAUCCUGCAUUUAGUGCAGAUUACGAAUUUGAAAAAUUACCUGGUACGCUAUCUCGGAGAAAAUCCCCAUUGUUGGAACUAACCAUUUAUUUGUGUCAUAUAAUGCUGCUGUCAAAGAAAAGACAUUUAGAAGUUCGUAAAUUAAGAAAAGAACUAUUGAAAAUAUUCGAAAUGAGAGAAUUUGAUUCGGAAGCUGAUUUUGUUAAUCCGGCAAUCUCUUUAGUGGUCAACAACUUUGUUUGUGAAUAUUGUGCACAUGAAAGAGAAAUUGAUUUUUGUAGGGAUUUUCAAGAAGCAAUUUUGCAAUGUGGGAGAUGUGGCAAAGCUUAUAGUGUGAAUGUUCUCCAAGAACAAUUAAUCCAGAAAUUAGAGUCCCAGAUACAAUGUUAUUUAUUACAAGAUUUAGAAUGUGCAAAGUGUCAUAAAAUUAGAGAGGAUAAUAUGUCUGAAUAUUGUCCAUGUUCUGGUAAAUGGGUUGAGACAGUUUCUAGGUCAAGGUUAACUUUAAAUUUAUCAGUUUUUAAGCAAAUUGCUAAACAUUUUGAUUUUGCGAUUUUGGGAUCGGCAUUAGAAGAGAUGGGUAUUUGA